AUGGCCAGCCACUCUCACGACGGCGGCCUUGCUCACUCUCACUCCCACGAUCACACGAACGGGGCGCCUCAUGGCCACACGCAUGAAAUCCUCGAUGGGCCAGGUUCCUACCUGCACCGCGAAAUGCCUAUCGUCGAGGGCCGAGACUUUGGCGACCGCGCAUUCACAAUCGGAAUCGGUGGCCCUGUGGGGUCGGGGAAGACAGCGCUCAUGCUCGAGCUUUGCCUCGCCCUACGAAAAGAAUACAAUAUUGCAGCCGUGACCAACGACAUCUUCACGAGAGAAGACGCUGAAUUCCUGACGAAGCAUGGCGCGUUGACACCCGAGAGAAUUGUGGCCAUAGAAACAGGAGGCUGCCCGCACGCCGCUGUCCGAGAAGACAUAUCUGCCAAUUUGCUCGCGCUGGAGGGUCUGCACGCAAAGUUCCAGACCGACCUGUUACUGAUCGAGAGCGGCGGCGAUAACCUCGCCGCAAAUUACUCGCGCGAACUGGCGGAUUUCAUCAUCUAUGUUAUUGACGUCGCUGGCGGGGACAAGGUGCCCCGCAAAGGAGGUCCGGGAAUAACGGGCUCGGACUUGCUCGUGAUCAACAAGUGCGAUCUGGCAGACGCCGUGGGCGCGGACGUGGAUUUGAUGGAGAGGGAGGCGAACAAGAUCCGGGAGGGCGGUCCCGUCGUGAGGGCCGUGAUCAAGACCGGGGUCGGUGUCAGGGAAACCGUCGAUCUGAUCCUGUCGGCGUGGAAGAGCACCGCAGGAUAUCAGCUAAGUCGGGAGCGGUGGGCGAAGGGCGUGCCUAAGGGUAGUGGCGAGCAGCCUGUUGUGAAUAGGUACACCAGUGUGUUUGCCGGCUCAAGAUAG